AUGCGCUGGGCGGCAGCAACUCCGCCACCGGCGCAGGGGGGCGCGCCGCCCGCCCCCGCGCCCGCGCAGCGCCGCGGCUUGGACACACCGCCCCCUCCCGGCCCUGCCCUUCGCGCCCCCCCGCGCGCGCGCGGACGCCCCGUCCGCCUUCCCCCGGCGGCCGCGGGGGCGCUCCCGUCGCCUUUGUCUGGCGCGGGGCUCGGACCGGCGCGGGGGGGGGGCGCCCCCCAUCCCUGUCCCCGUCCCCGUCCCUGUCCCUGGCCGUCCCCAUCCUUAUUCCCAUCCCUAUCCCCAUCCCUUCCGCCGAGCUCCGCCGGCGCGCUGUCCUGCGUGGCGCGAUCCCCCCCGCCGGUGCCUCCAUCCGCCGGUGCGGGGGUCCGCUCCCUUGCGUUCAAAAGCAAAGCCAUCCCUCCCCGCAGCCCCGCCGGUCCCCGCCGGCCCGGGAACGGAGAACUCGCCGUGCCCCUUCCUCCCCUACCUGCGGGCCGGGCUGCGCCGAGCCCCGAGCGGGCGCUUGCGGGGACAGCUGCCCCGAUACUACCGCAUCUUCCGCCCGGGCAGCGGGGCGGGAGACGGAGAGCCCCCGGUACAGCGGUCCCGACUGAGCUGCUGGGGGAACGGGGAAGUGACGGGGGUUCCUCUGGUAAAUCCCCUGGGGCACACGGGACACUGCUCCGCUGCUGCCGGACCCCGGGGGCGGCGGGGAGCGGCUCGGCCCCCGCCGCCACGUCUCAAACUUCGGGGAAACGCGUUCCGAUCCCCCCUCCCGCCCCUUUUCCGCUAGGACCGGCUUUUUAUCCCGGCGAGAGAAAUGCGGAGCUCUCAGGAACAACCAGAAGAGCGAAACAAACAAGAAACCGCAGAAGAAAGCAUUGGAAAGGCGGCCGGGAGAUAAUCCAGGAAUGCUUCAGAUAAGGAAGGGGGGGACUAUACGUGCGGAGAUACCCGAAAAGUCAGAGUCUGAUGGAAAGGCUGAAAGAGGGACGGGGGGGUCGGGGGGAAACCCGCACUUGUUUAGAGCCUAUUAAAGGUCACACCGGGCUGGGGGGUGGGGUGCCGCUGAUGAUAAAAGGAGUUUAAGAGCGAAGGGUUUAAGCGCGCAGAUGAAGCGCAGCGCCAGGAUUUGGGGGGUUUGUUUACUGGCUCCCGAUGCAGGAACCAAAAGAGCGGCGGGUCCGUGCGGAGAGCGAGCCCGGGGUCAGCCGGGGCUGCCCUGCGCCCAGCCCGGGCCCCGGGAGCCGCGGCGGCGCCCCGGGAUGCGCGGGGCCGGGAACAGGAGCUGUCCGCUGCCCCACGGCCGGGCCUGACGCUGGCACAAGUUAUGGAGGGGUUUGAUUAAUUAAAUGGAGGGCUUCA